CACCACGUGCUUAUUUUCAAACCGGCACGUCGCAUGUCGUCUGUGUCUGUUAUUCUUUUUCUUUUAGUCCAUUUCAGUCGGUUCUUAAUUCCGAAGAGUGGACACCGUUCCAGUUUUUCUCCUAAAAAUAAUAUUUUUUAUUCAAUAAAAUGUGGACUAAUUCACGAAAAACACACAAAAUCCAAGGAUUUUUAUAACUUUGGACCUAAAACUUAGUCAUGUUUAAGUUAACCUUGAAUGGAAUUUUGCAAAAUCUUGAACCACGAAAGUGUCGACCGAAAUCCUUUGGUGAAGUGCACGACAAUUUCAACUGGAUUGAAUGUGCCUCGAAGAAAAAUCCAGAUUCGAAUUAUUAUUUUAAUGUGAGGUCUCAUUGUCGCACGUGGCAGAGGCCGGUCCCCGAAAAUGUCGAACUUCCUUUUUUUAAUCCACAUUCGGUUGCUCGUCAAACAAGUGACAAUGAAAACGAGUCCUCCCCACCAGUUUCCGAACUUGACGAUACUCCCGACCAAGACGAAGAAGAAAUUGAGGAAAUCGAAAAAAAGAAUCGAGCCGAAAAGCGAUUUUUCGAAACCGCCUCGAAACUUUUUUACCACGGAUCGCGAAAUUCUCGACGUACUCGAAAAAUCCUCGAAAACACCCAAGAAGAUUCCGAACGCUACGAAACUAUUCCAAUUUCCGAUUUUCUCCAAGUUGAGUACCUAUCCGAAGAUUCCGCGAAACGUUUACGAUCCCCAAGUUCAUCAUCCGAAUCCGCUGAUGAAUCAAGCGCCGAAUCCACCAAAGAAUCAUCCACUUCCAGCUGCCACUGCAGUUGUUGCGACAUUAAAAACAAUUCCGACAAUAAAUCGCGCAUCUGCGGAAGUUCCACUUCCUAUCAAAGUCUCUCCUCCACUUUUUCCGCGCCUCGACUCAAGCCAAUUACUUUUUCCGAUCUGAUGACAGAGCCGCGGAAUACAAUGAGAAGGAAACGCAAAAAGUGCAAGAUUGAUCCUUCAGCUGACCGGAAACUGAGACUGACGCCUGAUAAAAUAAUUUUCGAUAUGUAUGGAAUCAGGACGAUCAGUUAUGAUCCUAUUUUCGAGUAUAUCAAUCCUACACUUCCGGUUGAUGUUCAACCCGCUUGUUUGACAGACAGCAGCAUCGGAAGUCCAGAUCGGUCCGAAAUUCCAAAAAACACCAACAGCUUCUUCGAUCUUCCGCUUCAAAUCCGGGAUCCAGUUUUGAGCGAAGCGAGUUCCGGUUCUGAAAGAGAACUAUUUGAAAAACCUGAUAAAUGUUUGAAAGAAUCUCCCAAAUGUAUCUGGAGGCCCUGGGCCGAGGAGAAAAAAUCCUAUGAUGAGAUUCUGGGAGGAAAAGUACUUUGCAUCAAACUUCAAAGAAUUGAUUUGGACAAGGAUUAUUUCCCCGCGAAGAAUACGAAAGCUCCCGAAAUCGAGAAUUUGAGAAACAAUAAGGCAAGUUUUGGCGAAAGUGAUGAGUGGGAGGAAGAGUUUGCGGAAACGAAUUCUGAAAGAGACAAUCCGGAAGUGGAGGGUUAUCGGAGACGUUUACGAACUUCAACAAAUUCCAGAAGAAAUGCUAAAAUUUAUCUUGAACCCGAGACGGAGGAUGAUGAUUAUGAAAUUUAUUUCCGAUCUGUGAAAAAAGCUACGAAUAGGAAAAGAAGUUCCAAAAAUAAAGGACAGGAAGCUGAAGAAAAAGAGUCUGGAGUACGAAAAAGGGAAGAUGUGGAAAGAAAAGAUUCGGAAAUUGAUCGCAAAGCUUUGAAAAAUUCCAAAAAGAGGAAGACUAUGUUUAUGUUAGGAUUAUUGUCAACUGAUGAAGAACUUUCUGAAAUAGAAAAAGGAAUUGAAAGAGAAGAAAGAAUUAAAAGAGAUGCAGUUUCAACAGAAAAUAAAAAAGGCAGUUUUCUUGAAACUAGUAUGGAAAAGAGAGAGAGAGAUUUGCAAAAUUCUGAAGACCGGAAGACCAUGUUUAUGCUUGGAUUUUUGUCAUCAGAAGAACUUUCUGAAUUAGAAGAAAUUCAAGAAUUUUCAGAAACAGAGGAAGAACAGUCUAAAAUUGAUAGAGAUGAAACUUCCAGUCGAAAUUUUGAAGAAGAAGAGACUGAAGAUUCCAAAAAUACUGGCGACGGAAGUUCGAGAGAUGGAAGUGACGAAAAUUCGACAGAUGAGAGUGAAGAAAGUGAUAACAAGUCUCGUUUCGGAUGGGUAAUUGUCAAUUCUCAAACUAACAAAAUGAAAUUGAAGAAAGUUGUUGUUAAUUCUAGUUCUUCAGAGAAUGAGAAAAUCAUAUCAAUUUCUGAUUCUGAAGAAGAAAUUAAAGAUGAAGAAGAAAUUAAAGAUAAGGGAGACCAAGAAUCAUUUAAAGUUCAAGAAUUUAAAGCUACUGAUAAAGAAAUGAAAGAUAAAAUAAAUUCAAAGCCGGACUUUGAAGAAGAGUUUAACGACAAACUGGAAGUUGAAGAAGAAUCGGCUAAAGUUCAAGAAAAUGAAAUUUCUGAAGAAAAAAUUGAAGAUUUUAGGACCAUUUCUCAAACUAAUUUCGGUUCUCCAUCCAACGAGAAAGCAAAUGAUUUUGAAAGAAAAUUUGAAGAUUUCAUUUCCGUUUCUGAAAAUAAUUCUGGAUUUGAUGAAAAAAAGGCUCAAGAAGAUGAAGUAACUGAUGAAGAAAUGGAAGAUUUGAGGGUCGAUUCUCUAACUAGUUCAGGGUCUUCAGAGAACGAGAAAAUAAGCAAUUCAGAGAUUCUUUUUGUAGAUGAGUUUGAAGAGAAAAAAGAAGUUCAAGAAACAGCUAAUAAAGUACGAGAAAAUGAAUUUUUUGAUGAAAAAAUUGAAGAAUUUAGGGCCGGUUCUUCGGAGAAUGAGAAAACAAAUAAUUUAAGGAAAGAUUUUAAAGAAGAAGAAGCUAAUAUAGCUCGGGAAAAUAAAUUUGUUAAAGAAGAAAUUAAUUUGAUUUCCGUUUCUGAAAAUAAUUCUGGUUCUCCAGAGAAAGAAAGAAAUAAUUCGCAAACGGAUUUUGAAAAAGAGAGCCCAGAAGUUCGAGAAAAUGAAUUUCCUGAAGAAAUAACUGAAGAUUUUAGGAUCCUUUCUGUAACUAAUUCUGGUUCUCCAUCCAACGAUAAAACAAAUGAUUUUGAAGAAAAAUAUAAACCAGGACAAGAAAAUGAAUUUUUUGAAAGAACAAUUGAAGACUUAAUUUCCGUUUCUGCUAAUAAUCUUGGAAUUUCUGAAAAAGAGAAACCAGGGGCUCCAGAAGGUGAUAAUAAAGUUGGAGAAAAUGAAAUUUCUGAAGAAAAAAUUGAAGAGUUUAGGAUCCUUUCUCAAACCGAUUCUGGUUCUCCAUCCACCGAGAAAACGAAUGAUUUUGAAGAUAAAGAUAAACUAGGAGCUAAUAAAAAUCGAGAAAAUGAAUUUUCAGAAAAUUCGGCAUCUCUAGAGAAACAGGAAAUAAGUCAUUCACAAAUAGAUUUCGAAAAAGAUUCACCGGAAGUUCAAGAAUCAGAUGAAGAAAUGGAAGAUUUGAGGGUUGAAUCUCAAACAAAUUCUGAAUCUUCAGAGAACGAAAAAAUAAAUUUACAAAUGGAUUUUGAAGAAGAGUUCAAGGAACAACCGGAAGAACGAAAAACAUUUAUUGAAGUUGAAGAAAGUGAAUUUUUUGAAGAAAAAAUUGCAGAUUUGAGUGCCGUUUCUCAAAAUAAUGUUCGUUCUUCAGUAAAUGAGGGAAUAAAUGAUAUUGGAGAAGAUAAAAAGAAAUCAGAAGCUCAUCAAGAUUUGGUUUUCGUUUCAGAAAAUAAUUCUUGUUCUCCAGAAAAUAAUUCACAAAUGGAUAUCGAAAAAGAGAAAUCAGAAACCCAAAAAUCAGUUGAUGAAGAUGAAGUUACUGAUGAAGAAAUGGAAGAUUUGAGGGUCGAUUCUCAAACUAGUUCAGGGUCUUCAGAGAGCGAGAAAAUAAAUAAUUCAGAGAUGGAUUUUGUAGAAGAGUUUAAAGAGAAAAAGGAAGUUCAAGCAACAGCUAAUAAAGUUCGAGAAAAUGAAUUUUUUGAAGAAAAAAUUGAAGAAUUUAGUGUCAGUUCUCCAGAGAAUGAGAAAACAAAUAAUUUAAGGAAAGAUUCGGAAGAAGCUAAUAUAGCUCGGGAAAAUGAAUUUUCUAAAGAAGAAAUUAAUUUGAUUUCCGUUUCUGAAAAUAAUUCUGGUUCUCCAGAGAAAGAAAGAAAUAAUCCGCAAAAGGAUUUUGAAAAAGAGAGACCAGAAGUUCGAGAAAAUGAAUUUUCUGAAGCAGAGAAACCAGAAGCUGCAAAGAAUGAAUUGGCCAAAGAAAAAAAUGAUUUGAUUUCCGUUUCCGAAAAUACUUUUGGAUCUGCAGAGAAAGAAAGAGAUAAUUCAAAAGUAGAUUUUGAAAAAGAGAAACAAAUCCAAAAAUUGGUUAAAGAAAAUGAACUGACUGCUGAAGAAAUAAACGAAAAAAUGAAUUUAACAGUGGAUAUUGAAGAAGACCUCAAAGAUAAACCAGAAGCCCAAGAAGCUAUUAAAGUUCAAGAAAAUAAACUUGCUGAUUCAAAAAUUGAAGAUUUGAUUUCCUUUUUACAAAAUAAGUAUAGAUCUUCAGAGAAUGAGAAAUUAAAUAAUUCAAAAAUGAAUUUUAAAGAAGAGUUAAAAGAUAAAACAGAAGCUAAUAAAGCUCGAGAUAAUGAAUUUACUGAAGAAAAAAUUGAAGAUUUGAUGAAAGAUUCAGACACUGAGAUUCUUUCUGAAGAAUUAACGUCAACUGGAAAUUCUCUUGAAUCCUUAAAUUAUAUAUCAACUCCAUGCGAAUUCAAAUUGAGAGAGAAGGCUAAUUCCUCUGAAAGUUUGACUUCCUGUCUCUCAACUGAAAUUUAUUUCUCAGAUUUAGAGGAGAAAAAAGAAGAAAAAGAAAUGCAGAAUCGAGAAAAGCCGAUGGAACUCGUCGAAGGAGAAGAAAUGUUGCCAAAUGAACAAUAUGAACUUGAGGAAGCAGAAAUUUCAAUGGACAUUGAUGAAGAUCUUUUCCUAAUGGAUCUGGAUGAGUUGCCACUAAUUGAAAAGAAUCCUUUUGAUAAAAAAAUUAAAAGUCCAGAAGAAAAUUAUGUUUUCGGAAUAAAAAAUCCGGAAAAGAAUGAAUCGGAAUUGCCGGGGAUUGAAGAGGGAAGUGCACCAGUAUUGCUACUGAUUGAAAGUGAAAAUGAAGAAGAAUCGCCACCAGCAACCGGAAGUGAACGAUUAUCAGGAAAUUUCAAGGAGGAUAAAAAUAUGGAAGUGGAUGAAUUGUCAGAAACUGAUAGCUGUUCUACAAUUCUGGGAUCGAAAUCAACAUCGAAAGAUGAUGAGUCAACGGAUGUUGAUGAAGCACGAAUUUUGUCGGAAACGGAAACGGUAGUUGGCGAGGGUGCAUUGGAAGGAUGGUCAUCGAAUGGAUCCAAUCACGAUUCGGACACUACUGAAAUUAUUUCUGAUUUAGAUUACGAUUAAAAGACAAUAAUUUACUUAAAACAUCGAGUAAUUUUAAGUAUUCUAUCAGUAUUUUUGUUACAGAGUAUUUCAGAAUUUAUUCCAUUUUUCUAUCGUUAAAUAUGAUAUUGUAUCAUAUGAUAGAAUAAAAGAUGGUUGCUUAAAAAGUAACCAUCAGUGUUUUUUA